UCUUUGUUCAGACUACGGAGCGAGCAAUACUGGGAUUUAAAAACGACUCUAAAUCGGCGGAAACAAAACGUUAAAAAUUAAAUAAAAUUAAAUCAAUUAAAUAAAUAAUGGAAAAAAGAACUUUGUGAAAAAUCAAUUUAAAGCAAAAUUUUAAUUAAAAUCUUACAAAAAUCACAGGAAAUGGGAAUUUUAAUAAAAAACUUUUAAUAGAAAAAUGGAUUUUCAAAUAAAUCAAAUUUAAGAAAAAUUUCCUUUAAAAAAAAAUUCCAUAAUUUUGUAUAUAUUUGCUGUAAUUUCAACAAUACUUUAUUAACAAAAGAAAUUGUUUCAAUACCAGCAUAUUCCUGGGGAAUUGUAAAGAAAUCUGCUGUAUUAAUUAAACUAUUGUGUCAGCCACAGAAACGAACUUCAAAUACUACUAAUAAUUCAAAAGAAAACUAAUAACAAGAAAAAAAACCCCAUAAACACCAUAAUUUCUUUUUUUCUUAAUCAAAAGUGAUGUAAAAAAAAAUCUAAAACUAAGUUAAGCUCAGAGAUCUCUAAAAAAAUAAAUAAAUAAAAAAAACCGAAAAGAAAAAUGAAAAAAAUAUUGUAUGAUGAAAUUAUCAUUUAAAUCAAAUUGAAUUAAAUCCGAAAAAAUAAAAUAACAGACAUUUAAUUUCAAGUGUGAUUUAAGAAAUCUAAAGAAAGAAAGAAAAAAAAAAUAAAUCUUAAAAUCUUACUUUACUCGAAAGUGUCUAAACUUUAACGUCAUCUCCGCCGCCUGCUCGUGCGUUCUGUAUGUAGUGAGUGUGAUCCAUUGUUAAACAUCGCAUCGUUUAUUGUAUCCAAACGUCAAAUUCAAAUUAAAUUACAAUUAAUUUUCAUUUAUGUCAGGCCCCACAACACAAUAUCGUUGAGAGUGUAUGUGUGAUUUUUGUACUAAAUAAAUAAAGUUUAACGAAGAAAAAAAUCAAAUCAAAUCAAACCCAUGAAAAAAAGCUUUUUUAAAGAUCUCUCUAUAUAAAAAAACUAACAUUAUAACAAUUUAAAAUUUUUUAAUAAAUAUUAAAAGAAUAUAUUAAAUAUUUUGAGAUUUAUUGAUUGUAAAAAAACAAUAGUCCUUCAAAAUGGGUGGCGAAGAAGUUGCUACGGAAACGGUUUAUGUGCCGCCAGCUCCAACUACGACUACAAAAUUCGAUGAAUUUUGUAUACGUCGCGGCAUAAAUCCGAAUUUGAUUAUGCUGAAAAUUACACUGUUCGUGAUGUAUGGAGCCACUUCUUCCUUGCUGCCCUAUCUGACCAUACACAUGCAGUCGAUUGGUUUAACGGUUGAGGAAAUUGCCAUUAUUUAUUUGGCUCUGCCAUUUACGACAUUCUUAAGUCCACCCAUUACAGGUUUUCUUGUUGACAAGUUUGGUAAAUACAAACCAGUUGUGGUUAUGAGUCUUCUAUUGAAUGCCAUCUUCCAUCAUUCAUUGCUGUUUAUACCGCAACAGGAAAUACCGGGUGUUGUGCCAUCAGCAUUUGUAAUGCGUCAUCCUGAUAGCGGUGAUAUUGAGGUAUGGUGGUCACCCUGUCCCAGUCGUGAAUGCCCUGAAGAACCUGAACUCGAAUUGGCUGUAAAUCAAUGUGUUGAUUACUGUUUGUUGCAAGAAUCAGCAACGACAACAACGGCCUCAACCUUAUUUAGUCCAUCAACAGAGUAUUAUGCGGCAACCGAUACAACAGCAAAAACAACACAAAAAACAAAAGCAACAACAACAACAACAGCAGCAACUUCUAUGCCAUUUCUAGCAACAUCAGCAGCAGCAUCACCAUCAUCAGCAGAAUUCACAUCUAGCACAACACAGCAGCCAUGGGGCAUAGCCGAUGGCGCAGCAAUACAAACACAAACACCAACAACAGCUAGAAGUAUAUUCCAAGAUGUACUUAAUAUGUCAGCGACAAUGUUCCCGCCAGUAGUGACAUCUUUAUCCUCAAUGUCUAUGUUAGAACAGCAAGAUUGGAAUCUAUCAAACGAUAUGGAAAAUGUUACAAUAUCCACCACCUACAGUUGGGUUCAUUCGAAUGCCAGCGAUUCCACCUUCUUUAUGCUACAAAUGCAUCCGGAUUUGGCCGAUCCCAUCGAACAGUUGGGCAUGGAAAUCGAACAGGAUGACAAUGAAACUGUAACGGAUUUUAAGCAGCGUUUCGGUGAGAAACGUCUGUGGGAAAUGCAAAUCAAUGUCACCGAUUUAGAGGAUUUGGAUUUACGUUGCGGUGGCAUAGCCAGACGCCAUAACAUGUCACGUGUGUCAAAUGAAACGGUCAACUGUAUGGUGCAACGUUGUACGUUCACCUUAAAUGCACCAGAAAUUUGUCCACCUGAUUAUAAGGAAACUGAUGAUACAAUAUUUUGGAUUUACUUUAUGUUGAGAUUCCUGGCCACUACCAUGUUAUCGGCUGGUGUCACCAUUAUGGAUCCCAUCGCUCUGACAAUGAUUGAAAAGUACGGUGGUGAUUUUGGACGUGAACGUCUUUUCUCCAGCAUCGGCAUGGCCAUCUUCUCACCCAUCACCGGCAUCAUGAUUGAUUACUUUUCGCGCGGCCUUGGCUACACCGAUUAUUCGGCUGCUUUUUAUACGUACGAUAUUUUGUUAAUUAUUUCGACAGUGUCGGUGCUAAUGAUGCCGCUGGGCGAAAAACUGCCGGCCGAUAAUGUCUUUAGGGAUUUGUGGAAUUUAUUGAAAAUGCCGCAUGUAAUUACAUUUAUAUUCUUCUUGUUCAUAUUGGGCAACUUUUGGGGUUUCAUUGAGAGUUUCUUGUUUUUGUAUUUGAAAGAAUUGGGAGCACCAAAUUAUUUAUUAGGAAUUACAAUUACUGUGGGCACCGUAAGCAGUAUACCGUUCUUAUAUGGAGCUGAGAAAAUUACCAGAAUCUUUGGUCAUGUUAAUUUGAUUAUUAUUGCUUUCUUUUCGCAUGCUGGUCGUUUGGUGGGCUAUUCGUUUAUUGAAAAUGCUUGGUGGUGUUUUCCGUUUGAAGCGAUGGAAGCCUUAUCAUGCCACUUGAUGUGGGUGGCAGCUGCCACUUAUUGUUCAAUUUUGGCUCCCAAAAGUCUUUUGGCCACAUUGAUUGGUGUUUUGGGUAUGGCCCACUUUAGUUUGGGUCGCGGUAGUGGUUCCUUUAGUGGUGGCUUGCUAAUCGGCCAAUUUGGCACCAGGGAUGCCUUCCGUUAUAUGGGUUUGCUGGCUGUGGUGGGUGGCAUUGCUUAUGGUCUGCUGCACUUGGUUUGGUUGCGUAAAUUCGAUCACAAUAUGGACGACCUGGAAGAGGAGGUGGAGGCUGUGGAAACUGGUGAAACAGAGAAAUUAACAGAACCCUCCACCAAAGAACAGGGCACAUCCAUGUCCUUGGAACGCUUGUCACUCAUGAUAAAAUACAAUCAAAUUGGCAGCUUAUCAUCGCUGCCUAGAGGUUCAAGGGGCGACAUACACGAACAUUUAUCAAUACGUCGCAGCAGUUAUAAUGUUGAAUCAUUACGUUCGCCCAAGCAUUACAUUGGCAGCGCCUCUAAGGUUGACAUUUUACGUUCGGCAUUGGAAAUAAAUCACAAAUCCUCAAAUAAUUCGGUGCUGAGUAAGAACGAUAACCGUACAUCAAAUCAAUCAUUGGGACGAAAUCGUGCCGACAGUGCACCCAAACUCAAUCAUACAACGUUGAAAAAUAUUUCACAACCAGCCCUGGAGGCGGUUGUAUUAGAGGGUGUAGAAUCAACUUUUUUUCCCAGUCGUAUGAAAAAAUAUCCUAGUGGUUUAUUAACUUCAAUACCAGCAGUGGAUUUAUCUGUCAUACCGAGCUCUUUGCUAAUGGAUCAAGACCAAGUUCGUAUACCCGAAGAAACUGAGCUAAAUAAUUCCAAAUUAACCGUAAAUAGUGCAAGCAGCAAUGGCACAGAGGAUAAUCAAACCAAACAGGCCAAUGGAAAUGGCAAAAGUAUACAGGACGAACAAAAUGACAAAGAUGAUGCCACAUGAUUUUCAAUUUAAACAACAAAAUUAAAUAAUAAAAUGAACAAACAUUUUUUUUAAAUUAAAUAAAUAAUAAAAUAAAAAAACUAUGCCGGCAUACAAAUUUUUAGAUAAAAAAAAUAAAAAUAUUUAUGGAAGCCAGGCGAGAGUGAUAUUACAAAAAAAUAUAUGAAUUUAAACUAAAUUAAAAUGUAAUAAAAUAAAAUUCAAAUUACAUUGUAACAAAUUGAAAUUGAUAAUUAAGUUAAAAGAAAAAAUAUGUUGCAGAUAAUAUAAAAUAAAUAAUAUUUGUAAAUUUUUUGUUUGUUUAUCUUUAACACAAAUUAAAAUUCAUUAACUUGUUUAAUAAAUAAUAAAUUAUUUAUUAGCAAACAAAUAAAUUGUUUACUUUAGUGUUAUAUGACAAAAAAAGGCAAUUUGCAAAAGAACAACUAUUGUUAUGAAUAAUAAAAUCACAGAGCUUAACAUAAUAAUUAAAUAAAUAUUUGUUGAAAUUUUAAGGAAAAUAAAAUUGCAGAAAAUUAUA